AUCGACAGUAAUGCAGUGCUUUCCAAUAUUCCUGGAAUCAUUGGAUCUAUUAAUUAGGUAAUUAUAAUAAUUGGACAUGUAGGUAACGUUCCCGCCAAUUCCAUUUUUCCCAUGUUAUUUAAAGUUUAUUUGGUUAUGUCAAAAUCUAGCAUAUUAUAGAAUAGUAGAGACAAAGUUAAAUAAUAUAUUACAAAUAUUAGCUCUGUAUUUAAGUAGAGGAGAGCGACAGGCCCGGUACCGGUACAAUAUAGUUUUGGAGUAAGAUUUCGAUACUACAUAAAAGGUAUUCAAAUUACGAAAAAAUGAGUUUAUGGGUUGACAAGUAUCGUCCAACGACACUUGCAAAGCUAGAUUAUCAUCUCGAACAAGCGGAGGACUUAAAAAAUAUGGUACAAAAACGAGACUUCCCACAUUUAUUAGUGCAUGGACCUCCUGGUGCAGGAAAGAAAACUCGGAUAUUAUGUAUUUUAAGAGAACUUUAUGGGAGUGCAGUUGAGAGAUUAAAAAUAGAAAACAUGCAAUUUGAGACUGCAUCUAAAAAGAAGUUAGAAAUAUUGACUAUAAGUAGUAAUUACCAUACAGAAGUAGAUCCGAGUAAUGCAGGAAUACAUGACAGAAUUGUUGUUAUGGAAUUAAUAAAAGCGACUGCACAAACACAUCACAUAGAUAUAGCUCAAAAGGAGUUCAAAGUGGUAUUUUUAUCAAAUGUGGAUCAACUUACAAGAGAUGCGCAGCAUGCACUUCGUAGAACAAUGGAAAAAUAUAUCAGUACGUGCAGAUUGAUUCUUUGUGCAAACUCAACGUCACGAGUUUUACCUGCGAUUCGAUCACGAUGCGUGCGAAUCAGAGUUCCCGCUCCAACUGCCUCCGAAAUCAAAAGUAUUUUACAUUCGAUUUGUAAACGUGAAGGACUUAAUUUGCCUGAUGAACUUGCUAAUCGAGUGAUUGAAGCUAGUGAUAGAAGUCUUAGACGGGCAAUAUUAAUGCUUGAGGCUUGCAAAGUCGAACAAUGUCCAUUUACUGCUGAUCAAAAAAUAACAGAACCAGAUUAUCAAGUAUAUAUACGAAAUACAGCUAGUAUGAUGGUCUCUGAACAAACUCCUAAAGUACUUCAAGAGGUACGCAAUAGAUUUUACGAGCUGUUAACGCGUGCUAUACCGUGCGAUCUGAUAUUCAGAGGAUUGCUGCAAGAAUGUAUAAAAAAUUGUGAUGAUCAUUUAAAAAGAGAAAUUAUCGGUAUUGCAUCAGAAUAUCAGCAUAGAAUGAUACGUGGUUCAAAACCGAUUUUUCAUUUAGAAGCAUUUGCUGCACGGUAUAUGACGAUUUACAAAAGAUAUAUUGAAUCAUCUUUGGAAAGCUUUACAUGAAAUUUCUAUUUUACUUCUUUAAUAUAUUUUAUACCUUCAAUAAAACGGUAACAAACUUUAAUAUUUUUUGCUAAUUAUUUGAAUAUUGUAAAUUUCAAUCUGAAGUAAAAAUGAUAUAGAUUUGUAACAAUUUCUAUAUUUUAAAUACAAAGAAUCUUGAUCCUUA